GGGGGCAAAAGUGGUUGUCAAAACUCAAGCUGGCAAACCAUAAGAAAGCUUCAUCAAGUGAUCUUGUGAAACAAGAGGAAGAGUUGGAGGAAGUAUCGAAGAAAGCCAAAAAACGUAAGAAGGAUUUGAAGAAGAUAAAGAAAAAAGUGGACGAGGUGCAAGGUAGUGCUCUUGAGCUGUUGCAGGAAUCUGGUAGCCGUGCCAUGAAGAACUCACAAAUUGAAGAAGUAGCAUUUUGUCCAGAAAGGGAUGCAGAGAGUGUAGCUGCCCUGCUUAAGAUGUCAAAAGUGGUUGACAAAAGUCAAGGCGGCAAACCUAAGAAAAAAGCUUCAUCGAGUCAUCUUGUGGAACAAGAGGAAGAGUUGAAGAAGAUAGAAGAAACAAAGAAAGCCAAAAAACUUAAGAAGGUUUCGAAAAAGGCAAAGAAAAAAGUGGAGGAUGUGCAUGCUAGUGUUGCGAAGAAGGAAGAGGAGGAUAAAUCUGAGGAAAUAGUUUUUGCCGUCCCUAUCAUCGAGAAAAUAUUGGAGGAUAGUCAUUCAACUGUGCUUAAGAGGAAACUUGUUUUAGAUACUGUGGAAGAAACUAAGAAAGUCAAAAGAGCUAAGAAACUUCUGAAGACGUCAAAGAAAAAAGUUGUGGAAGAGCAAUGUAGUGCUGCGAAGAAGGAAGAGCAUGACAAGUCUAAGGAAGAAGAUGAGGUUGCUGCUGUUUCUAUGGUUGAGAAAGUGUUAGAAGAUAGUCAAGCAAGUGCCCUGAAGAGUAAAGUUUCUUUAGAUGAGGUGGAGGAGUCGAAGAAAGCUAUAAAAGUUAAGAAGUUACUGAAAAAGCGAGAGAAAAACGCUCAUGAAGUGCAAGGUGGUGCCGCCAUCAAGUAUGACGCAGAAGUCCCUGAGCUGUUGCUGGCAUCUAAUAGGCCUUUCACGGAUGUCUCACAAAUGAAGAAGUAACUUUUUGUCCAGAAAGGGCUACAGAGAGUGUAGCAGGCCUACUAAAGGUGGAAAAAGUGGUUGUCGAAAGUCAAGCUGGCAAACCUAACAAGAAAGCUUCAUCAAGUCAUAUUGUGGAACAAGACGAAGAGUUGUUGAAGGAGGAAGUAUCGAAGAAAGCCAAAAAACAUAAGAAGGUUUUGAAGAAGAUAAAGAAAAAAGUGGAGGAGGUUCCAGGUAGUGUUCCUGGGCUGUCGCAGGAAUCUGAUAGCCGUGUCAUGAAGGACUCACAAAGUGAGGAAGUAGCUUUUUGUCCGGAAAGGGGUGCAGAGAGUGUAGCAGCCCUAUCUAAGGUGGCAAAAGUGGUUGACAAAAGUCAAGGCGGCAAAUCUAAGAAAAAAGCAGUGAUCUUGUGGAACAAGAGAAAGAGUUGAAGAAGAUAGAAGAAACGAAGAAAUCCAAAAAACUUAAGAAGGUUUUGAAAAAGGCAAAGAAAAAAGUGGAGGCUGUGCAAGGUAGUGUUGCGAAGAAGGAAGAUGAGGAUAAGUCUGAUGAAGUAGUUGUUGCUGCCCCUAUCAUCAGGAAAAUAUUGUAGGAUAGUCAUUCAAGUGUGCUUAAGAGGAAACUUGUUUUAGAUACCGUGGAAGAAACGAAUAAAGUCAAAAAACCUAAGAAAAACGGAAGAGCAGUGUAGUGGUGCGAAGAAGAAAGAGCAUGAUAAGUCCAAGGAAGAAGAUGAGGUUGCUGCUGUUUCCAUGGUUGAAAAAGUGUUAGAAGAUAGUCAAGCAAGUGUGCUCAAGAGUAAAGUUUCCUUAGAUGAGGUGGAAGAGUCGAAGAAAGCUAAAAAAAUACAGAAGGCAUUGAAAAAGCGAGAGAAAAAAGCUAAUGAAGUGCAGGGUAGCUGCCAUCAAGUGUGAUGUAGAAGUCCCUGAGCUGUUGCAGAAUUCAGAAGACCGCAAUGUUGUUGAGAGCCAAGGAUACCCUGAAGGCAUUGGUUCGAUAUUGUGCAACUGAACAGGCGAAAUUAAACAAAAAGGAGGAUUCCAAUGCAAGGCAUCAAGCUCACACGAAUUCCGUGUGCUAGGAGAUGUUGCUGCAAUACUCUGGCCAGCAAAAUUGAAGACGAAUUGCAUGGCAUCGGAGCUCUUGUUAUUCCAUGGGUUUUACACCUUUUUCCUGGAAAGCACAAAUUUACAUAUGUUCUGGCAAGCAGAAGCCAAAGUUACCUUACGCAGUCACUGGGCCUGAACGGAAAGAACGACGUCAUUACAAGGACCCAUUACCAUAUAUAACUUUCUCAAUUUGUUUAGUUUUGUUAAUUGUGUACUACUUGAUUAGCAAAUUGAGACAGUUUGGCCGAGUGGUCUAAGGCGCCAGAAUCAGGCUCUGGUCCGAAAGGGCGUGGGUUCAAAUCCCACAGCUGUCAAUUUUUUCAAUUUUUCGUUUUAUUUUUUACAAUAACUUGCCAGUGUUGGAUGCUAAUUGAGCUGAUCCUAUAAUUGUAGCAAAGAAGUAUGGGGUUGGUCCGGUUGUAAACAUGGUAGCUCCAGUUUCAAACAAGAUCUCCUCUCACAAUGUAAUAAUGAUGGAUUAUAAAAAUAAAAUGUGA